AUGGUGGGAAAUUCUGGAAUGGAGGAGCAGUGCCACCCCCCCGCCCCUCCCGUCGCAGUCGGAGCGGUGGGUGGCAUAGCCGGGGAUCAGGAGUUGCUGCAGCUGAUCGAUCCUCUAGAGCGAGAGCGCGUCGUCAUUGUGCGUGUCACCACCGCCUCCACCCGCCCCCUCAAAGUCACAACCGCCCCCACCCGCCCUCUCACGAGUCACCACCGCCUCCACCCGCCCCCUCACGAGUCACCACCGCCUCCACCCGCCCCCUCAAAGUCACAACCGCCCCCCACCCGCCCUCUCACGAGUCACCACCGCCUCCACCCGCCCCCUCACGAGUCACCACCGCCUCCACCCGCCCCCUCACGAGUCACCACCGCCCCCACCCGCCCCCUCACGAGUCACCACCGCCUCCACUCGCCCCCUCACGAGUCACCACCGCCUCCACCCGCCCCCUCACGAGUCACCACCGCCUCCACCCGCCCCCUCACGAGUCACCACCGCCCCCACCCGCCCCCUCACGAGUCACCACCGCCCCCCCCCGCCCCCUCAAAGUCACCACCGCCUCCACCCGCCCCCUCACGAGUCACCACCGCCUCCACCCGCCCCCUCACGAGUCACCACCGCCUCCACUCGCCCCCUCACGAGUCACCACCGCCUCCACCCGCCCCCUCACGAGUCACCACCGCCUCCACCCGCCCCCUCACGAGUCACCACCGCCUCCACCCGCCCCCUCAAAGUCACAACCGCCCCCACCCGCCCUCUCACGAGUCACCACCGCCUCCACCCGCCCCCUCACGAGUCACCACCGCCUCCACCCGCCCCCUCACGAGUCACCACCGCCCCCACCCGCCCCCUCACGAGUCACCACCGCCUCCACUCGCCCCCUCACGAGUCACCACCGCCUCCACCCGCCCCCUCACGAGUCACCACCGCCUCCACUCGCCCCCUCACGAGUCACCACCGCCUCCACCCGCCCCCUCACGAGUCACCACCGCCUCCACUCGCCCCCUCACGAGUCACCACCGCCUCCACCCGCCCCCUCACGAGUCACCACCGCCUCCACCCGCCCCCUCACGAGUCACCACCGCCUCCACCCGCCCCCUCACGAGUCACCACCGCCCCCACCCGCCCCCUCACGAGUCACCACCGCCCCCACCCGCCCCCUCACGAGUCACCACCGCCUCCACUCGCCCCCUCACGAGUCACCACCGCCUCCACCCGCCCCCUCACGAGUCACCACCGCCCCCCCCGCCCCCUCAAAGUCACCACCGCCCCCACCCACCAUCUCACGAGUCACCACCGCCUCCACCCGCCCCCUCACGAGUCACCACCGCCCCCCCCCCCGCCCCCUCAAAGUCACCACCGCCCCCACCCACCAUCUCACGAGUCACCACCGCCCCCGCCCGCCACCUCGCGAGUCACCACCGCCCCCAGGCAGCAGUGUGGUGUCCCGUCCCUCUCGCUGGUAAUAACCAUCGCCGCUGGCAAUUAGACCGCGCGACCGCCCGCAGUUCUGGCGAGUGUGCCGGCCAGGGGCGUGUGUUCGUGGGCCAUGUGUCUCUAGGAGUGUGCCGGCCAGGGGCGCGUGGGCUGCAGCUCGAGGCACACCCGGGGCUGGUGGACCGUCGCAAGGCUGUGCUGGCCGACCCGUCAGCGGCGCGCCAGGGGCUGCAGGAGGUGGAGGAAGGUGGAGGAAGGUGGAGGAAGGUGGAGGAAGGUGGAGGAAGGGGGAGGAAGGGGGAGGAAGGUGGAGGAAGGUGGAGGAAGGUGGAGGAAGGUGGAGGAAGGUGGAGGAAGGUGGAGGAAGGUGGAGGAAGGUGGAGGAAGGUGGAGGAAGGUGGUGAUGGUGUUAGCACCGGCGCGGCCGAGAUGCCGCCGCCCCCUCUAUCGAUAUCGGGGACUCCGCGCGACUUCUAA